AAAUAAAUGACUGGCGAUAGUUUCAAAUCUAUUGCAGGUUUUAUUAAUGGAAAACAGAUUCGUUAUAUAAUAUAGAUGACGAAUAUUUCUAUAAUUUUAUUUUAUCAAUUCGGCAAAACAAAAGGAAAAAUGUCUCUUCAGCCAAGUGUAAUCAACCAUUAUCUCAAAGGCAACCCAUUCUCAGUUGCUAUCAAAGUCAAACCUUAUCGCAAAGAAUAGCCCAUAUUUCCCCAAAUAAUUUUAAUUACUCUCAAAGUAGCCAUUAAAAUGAACUGUUUCCCUCGAAAAACAUGUACAAGUAACUUCAUAAGCAACAUUUGUAAAGCAGGAGUUGGCGUAUAAACAAAAAGAGAGAGUGUUUAAUUGACACACACACACAUAUGUAUAUGGGUAAAAAGGCCAGAAAAUGCAAACAGUAUUAUCUUAUAAACAUUUUAAAGCUCUUCGUAACCAUGAUCUCCGUGAAUUUCUUACUUAUUCCCUUGACCACUUGCGGCCUAUCUUAUCUGAUCGACAGCGGCGGUAGAAACCGCAAAAACAACGCUCGUAUAAUACCCUUGGUGCUUAAGGAGUAUUCGCCAAACGUUAACGAACUCGACAUUACAGCCAGCGGUCCCUUGACUAGUCUCCAUUCGACCUCUCCAGAACCGUUAGUUAGGAAUUUAAACCCUAAUAUCAUCUUUCGAAACGAAAUGGACCGUUACAUGAGCAAAACGUGCUCCGAAAAACUCAAUUUGCUUUCCAUGAUUGUCAGUUUGGAAUGGCCAGGGAUGCGAAUAAAAGUUAUGAGAGGCAGAGACACCUUGUCAAAUUACCCUAGCCAGGUUUCGAAUGAUCCGAGAUACGUGCUGCUCGAAAAGGGUAGGGCUUUGGAUAUUGCUACCAGCGAUAACGGGUACAGUAAAAACGGGUUUUUGGCGGGUUUGGCGCUGGAAGCGGGAUUUAACUGGGUUCAUUACCGGGAGAGGUCUUAUAUCCACGUUUCAGUAAAGCCAGAUGUCGAAGACAGAAACCCUAAAUGGAACAGUGUGGCAUAAAAUCGUUUUUCAAAUCGCUCUUCGAAUUUACCGUUAUUACUUAAAAUAAGGGCCCCGGUGCCCAUUUAGCCGUGAUAUAGGAAUAUCUCGGGUUUCGCGGUUGCAAAGCAUUUAGAGCUUUAAUGUCCAUUCAAAAACAAAAUCAUACCUCUUUAGAAGGAAGAAAAAAAAAUUGCGCUGUCUUUUAUUAGAAUCCUGAAUGAAAUGACAUCUCAUAUUUCCUAAACAUCCUUUGCAGCCAGCUAUAGAUUAUCAUCCUAUAACACACUCUUAUACCAGA